AUGAUGCUGGUCCACUCGCCUCGCGCUCUUUUCGUGGCACUCGUCGCUCUGUGCCUCGUACACCACGUGCAAGCUGUACAGAUGCCAGCGAUGCGCCGAUCACUCUCGAGCACCACUGCGACCAACAACAACAAGGUCGAUGACACCGCUGCCGCAGCCGCUGGUGAAAGUUCUGCGCAAAAUCUCGUGCGGAGGUGGUGGUGGGGCUGGCCGAGUUCGCUCGGUCGAUUGGAGGACAACCAGAUCCUGUACAUCCCGCCGGAGCUGAUUCAGACGCACACUCCUGCCGAAGUGGCCGCUUGGACCAAAUACCUAGAGCGAGUGCACCGCGUGCAUCCGGACUGGAAGCGCGUCUCGUGGACCCCUAACGGUCCCGUUGGCUUCAAGCCGUCUGGCGCCGAGGAGGGCAAGCACUGA